AAACGAGCCGGGACUGCGAGCGGCUUUGCCUCUUAACCCCUCAAAUAUGAACCCCCGGCAAAGCUCUGACUUCCCGACCAUCUCCUUCUCUUCUCCGACUCCAUUUUCUCGAUGGGAGACGGAGCGAAGGGCACCAUCGCCUCCCUCGAUUCCCUCUUCUCCCCCGAGGAGGUCCAGAAGGCAGCGCUGCGUGUCGAGGACGCCAUUGCCGACCGCCGGAAGGAGCUCGACCGCCUCCGUGGCUUCAUCUCCGACAACUCCGCCCUCAUCCACCUCGUCCGCAAGCUCCCUGACGAGCUCUCCCAUGACAUCAUGGUCCCAUUUGGGAGCGCGGCCUUCUUCCCUGGCCGUUUGAUUCAUACGAAUGAAUUCCUGGUGCUAUUAGGGGAGGGGUAUUAUGCGGACAGAACAGCGAAGCAGACGAUUGAGAUACUGCAGAGGAGGGGAAAGGCUUUGGAAGCUCAGGUUGAGUUUUUGAAGGCGAUGAUGUCGGAUCUCGAAGCGGAGUCUAAGUUCUUCAAUUCAACGGCUACCGAGGCUGCUGAAGGUCUUGUAGAAAUAAGGGAGGAAUACAUUGAAGAUGCUCCAAAAGAUGUGUCUGAAUCUGGUAGAUAUUGCAUAUCAGUUUCAAAUCCUCUGGACUCUUCCAAAGAAGACAAUUCAGGAAAGCCUGAUGAAGACGAGGUGCAUGCUCGAAUUAUGGCAAAGCUAGAUGAACUUGAAAAGGAAGAAAUUGAAGAUGGAAGUGCAUCUGGCAGUGAUGAAGAUGCUGAGGAUAGUUUUCAGAGUAAUGUUAAUGAUGACAAAAAUGAAGCUUCAAAGAUUGCAGAUUUAAGCAUGCAAUUUUCUACCAAAGCUGGUUCCUUUCAGUGUGACAAAGAACAGCCUGACAGUAUGCAGAAGUCUCCGUUGCCACCUGAGCGAAAGGAAAAUCUUCACAAAGCUUCUAUCCCGAAGCUGGAGGAUUCUUCUGAAAAUUCUGCAAGCCAAACUUCUAAGAUUGGUUCAAGUAGUCACAGGGCAUUUACAGGCUCUAUUGUUGAACAUAGUCAUGGACUCGCACCCGUCCAGUCAGCCAAAAGCCCCACCCCAGAACAGGCUUCUGGGUCAUAUCCGUCCAAGCCUGUCUCCAGGUUCAAGAUGCAGAAAGGCAUCCGCUGAUACUGGACAGAUACUGUGCUGGAACCAAGCAUCCUGCAUGCUGAUGCCGAAGUCUUCUAUCACCUGCACAUAGUGGGGGAAUUGGAGAAAACGUGGUUUUCAAAUCCACAGCAUGUCAACUUCAGUCAAAAGAAGGCCACGUAUGCUCAUUGAUGAAAACCUGGGAAUUUGACAGAAAUGUUUCUAUUUGCCCUUAUCUUUGGGGAAAGAGAUUGUGGUUGAAGACUAUAUUUAGUUGGCUGAGUCUGAGUAAAAUAUUCUAAUGGAAGUUGGGAUUGGUGAUCUUGCGGAGAUCUGCUCUGAAAACAUUAUGUGCAAACUGAUUGUCACCUAUACGAAAUAGCCUAUGAAAUCUUAAUCCCGCUUCAGGUAGGAAUCAGAUCAGUCGAACCAUCUCGUGGCUUUUCUCCACAACUUUAGCAUCCGUCUCAGCUUGAACGAAAAGGUUCAUGGAGUGCCUAGCUAAAGCACUCAACUGAUUCUGGAGAACGGUAUAAUUUCAGUUUUUGGGUUAAAUAUCAAUUCCAUUUAUAA